AUGGCCUCGUCGUCUUUCCGAGACUCGAUGAAUUCGUUGGGGUGGUCGAGAAGAGACCCGGAUGUGCCGGCCAAUACCUCGUCCUCGACUCCCAUUUUGUCAAAGCUUUCGUCGCUGAAUCCAUUUGGAAGACAAGGCUAUGUCCAGUUACCUACGCACGAGGCUCCCGGGGCACCACUACCGGCGCCGUCUAGGAGGGAAGAGGAAGAGGGCUGGUUCGCAUUGAGCAGAUGGGAUCGCCUGAUGAUCUUUGGUGGAUGCAAUCUGGCCGCUCUAGCAUGCUUCGUUAUCUGCUUUGCAUUGUUCCCUGUCUUGAGCCUGAAGCCACGCAAAUUUGUCAUUCUUUGGAGCGUGGGAUCUCUCAUGUUUCUCUCGAGCUGGGCGGUCCUGAUGGGACCGAUGCAGUAUACCAUGCAUCUCAUUUCAGGCCCUCGGCUCCCCUUUACUGCCGCCUAUUUUGGUUCCAUCAUCAUGACCAUCUACUUCGCGAUCGGACUCCAUUCGACGAUUUUGACUCUAUUUUCGGCGAUUGUGCAGCUCGUGGCUUUGGUGUGGUAUCUGGUGAGCUACUUUCCAAUGGGAAGCACUGGAUUGCGCUUUGCAGCCAGGGUGGGAGGCAGCCGGGUAAGCGCAUGGAUGAACGACUGA